GAGCGGUAGUGUUGUGCAGUUUGUGUGUUUAAACAAAUUAAAAUGUCGUUUAAUUGGGACGACGAAGCUGUGCUGCUCUUAAUUGAAAAAUUUCAUGAAAAUGAUAUAUUAUGGAAUCCCAGAAAUGCAGACUACAAGAAUAGGAACAAACGAAUGGACGCAUUGAACAUAAUUGCAAGUGUAUUCGACAUUGAUAAAGGCGAAGUAGAGAGAAAGCUAAAAAAUUUAACCUCUCAUUAUUUUCGGGAAAAAAAGAAGUUCGAACAGUUGCAAAAAUCUGGUGCAGGCAUAGAUGAUGUACAGGAACCAAAGUGGUUUGCUUACAAAGCAUUGAACUUUUUGCGAGACAAAAAUAAACCACUACCCACAGUAAAUAGUGAGAAUGAUAUGGAUUCGCAAAAAAGUCAGCAAGACAAUGCAACAGCGACUAGUUCCCGGAAAAGAAGAUGCGGUCCUGAUGGAGACAGUGAUAUUGCCGAAGCUCUGCAAGUUUUAAAAAAUAUGUCAGCUUCGUCAUCUGCUCGCGACGAUGCCUCGGUAUUCGGAGAAUACAUAGCAAGUAAAAUACGAAAAAUGGAUCCUAUGACAACAUCUACAGUACAAUAUCAUAUUCAAAAUAUAAUUUACCAGGCUGAAAUGGGCGUUUACUCAAGACCUUCCAAGGUGGAGGCAGUUCAAGGAUAUUUUACCACUUCGACACCUGAAAGUGUAUGUCCUUCUAAUUACACCGAUAAUUCUGAUACUAAGGACAGCCUUUUUUUAGAUUUGGAAAAUAAUUAAAACUCUUUUAGAUUUAUGAUGCUACAUUAGGGAUUUAAUAAUUAAAACUAUUAUUGCAAAUUGUGAUUGAUAGUGAGAUUAGUGGGGCUACACAGAUUAACAAAAUGUUGCCUAGUCAAAG